CUUGUUCGUGUACCUGUCCAUGUACAUGGUGGCAACGGACUGGUUGGCUUAUGUUUGUUUAUCCAGCCAUCAAUCCAUGUCUACGGAAAAUCGAUCGUGGGAGAGGAUGCAUAUCAGAUGCACCGCUAAGAGAUGUGUUCGCGAAGAAUGGAAGAUGGAUCAUCAAUGUGACCAUUGACUGGGUCAUAAGGUUAUCUCGUCGAGUAUAUGCAAUUAAGUGAUAUGGAGAACUGAGAAAACCGAGCCGGUCAAUUGAUCUCACCUUCCUUCCACACCCACACAUAGACCGUCCGUACGGCGUAGCCAGAUAAAAACCACGCCAUUCCCGCAUAUCAGCUACACCCUCUCCGCGACGAACCCGCGCACGCGACCCAUUCUGCUCCACCCAUCGCCAUUCCUACAGGAAGCGCGGAGUAUCCCGCCCAUCCCGCAGAGCCGCCCGUACUACACCAAUCUCGGGCCACCACGAACCCUACCUUCUCCAUCUGAUCAUCGACAUUUACCGCUAAUUGAUCUUUUUCCGCCGUCCAAUCAAAAGCCUCGCAUCCCUGUGAUGCCCCAAUAAUUUGCCAACUUUAUCGUACGUCGAGUUUCUCCAGUGGUACCUACCAAAUGCAGCCAAGAGGGGAAUGUGGGCUAAUAUCACCGCGUUGAGUGUGGUGCGUUAUUUGGGUAAUCGGCCAAUGGGGAUGUGGCGUCGAGGUAAGCGCUUGCGUACCGCUAUUGGGCAAGAGGUUGCGUAUGUUUUUUUUUUGUUUUCUGGUAACGGCGAGUAGAAUCGAGAUAUGGAUAAAGGGUAGGAAGGUCGUAUACGGUGUGGAUUUGGUAAAAUGGUAUAUCCUAAAUCAUAUACACAGUGCACACCCUCGUGCUGGACGUAGACCUACUCAUGAUAU